CUCGACCAGCAUAAGCGUCGGCGACUACCAACGUAAACGUCAACGAGUGGCAACUUAAGCGUCGGUUAGUGGCAACGUUAGUGUCAACAUGAGGAAGUGCAGUUCUUGUGAGGUGUUUCUCCUGGCAGUAUUUAUCUUUCUCGCAAUUGGUGUAAUUGUCGUUGCAACCUUGCUGUCAUUAGGGAUAUUAGGGGACAAGAAUCCAUCAGAGGUAACCAUUAGUACAACAGAUGCAGAUAAGGAGAAACCAGGUCCUCAAGACAGUUUAGCAUCCACGUCGCCCCUGGGAGAGUACCGUUAUGCUGGAGUCGCUGCACCUAACCCAGAAUGUUCGGAAAUUGCAACGGAAAUGUUAGCCAAGUGUGGGUCUGCUGUAGAUGCCGCUAUAGCUGCAUUGCUAUGUACAGCAGUUGGGAGCCCUCAAAACAGCGGUAUCGGCGGAGGAUUCUUCAUGACUGUCUAUAAAAGAGAAACCAAUGAGACAACAAUUAUAGAUGCUAGAGAAACUGCACCAGCCGCAGCAACUGAGACUAUGUACCUAAAUUCAAGCCUAGAAAAGCCUUCAGUAUGGGGUGGAUUGGCGGUCGGCGUACCAGGCGAUGUUGCUGGUAUGUGGGAAGCUCAUAAAAGAUUUGGCAAUCUUGAAUGGAAGGAUUUGUUUGCACCCGCUAUUAAAAUGGCCCAAGAUGGCGUCAAGGUCACUCCACAUAUGUACCAAGAAGCUAAGGGAUAUAUGAGCGAUACUGGAUCAAAGCCAUUAGAUAAAUUUAAAGAAUUGAGAGACAUGCUCACUAAAAGCGGAUCCGACGCUGAACUAUUAGAGGCAGGAGAUAUCCAGAAACGUCCAAAACUCGCUAACACACUACAAGUCAUUGCAGACGAGGGUGCAAGUGCAUUCUAUACUGGUUCCCUGACUGAUACUAUCGUGAAAGAAAUUCAAGAUUUUGGUGGAAUUAUUACAAAAGAUGAUUUGAAAAACUACGUAGCUAAAGUUAAGCAACCUGUAAUCAGUACACUUAAGAAUGGCACCAAACUAUAUGGACCUCCUCCCCCGUCCAGCGGCAUAGUAGUGCAGUUCAUCCUGUCGCUUUUAGAUGGAUUUGAUCUGAAGUUUGAAUCUGUUGAGGAACAAGUUGAGAGCUAUCAUAAAAUAGCAGAGGCCUUUAAGUGGGGAUAUGCCAAACGAACAUAUUUUGGAGACACUGACUUCGAAAAUGGUACAUUAUUAGAGCUAAUGACGAAUAUGACGAAUCCAGAUUUCAUUGCAAGCAUAAGGGAAAGGAUAACAGAAAUGAAUAUGACAGCUAACGCAUCCCACUACAGUCCAUUCUCUGUGGUUGCAGACGCCGGCACCACGCACAUCAGCGUCCUUGCACCCAAUGGAGAUGCAGUCUCUGUCACGUCUUCAAUCAACUGGGGAUACGGGUCAUUGGUAAAAGGAAAUGUAACUGGUAUCAUCUACAACAACGAGAUGGAUGAUUUCAGCACACCGGGACAGGCAAAUGCCUGGGGCUUCAGUCCCUCUCCCUCUAAUUUCAUCGUCCCUGGUAAACGUAUGCAGUCUUCCAUGUCCCCAACGAUCGUUACUGACGAUGCCGGGGACGUGACUCUUGUAGUAGGCGCAGCUGGAGGGUCAAGGAUCAUCACAGCAACUUCUUUGGUGGCGCUGCACACACUAAAACGCAACAAGAACAUAAAGCAAGCUAUGGAUGCUCGGAGAAUACAUCAUCAACUGUUACCACCCGUUCUUAACGUAGAAGAUGGUAUUUCUGAUGAGGUAAAACGAGGUUUGGAGAAGCGCGGACACGUGAUCAACCCUAUAACGGUUAAAGAUGGAACGUUCUCAAGUGGAGGUAGUGCAGUACAGGGCGUACAUAGAGUAGGCCACAAGGAGGUCAAGGCAAACAGUGACUUCAGGCUGAGUGGGGGAAACACUGAUGGCUUUUAGGAACAACGACCUCAAUCCUUUGCUUACAUCCCGAUAACGAUGCAUAUGUAUUGAAAAUCAACACUUUUGAUCAAAAACUGCUGCAAUGAAUAAACACUAAUUAAGAGAUUAUAGACUUUCAAUUUCUAGUAUGAUAUAGAUAUAUUUUGAUAAACACUUAUUCUGAAUACAGGGUAACCUGUGUUAAUUACAAUAUACAUGUACUGUAUGUUAAGGAUUUUUAACCAAUUUAAAUAAAUGCGUGUAUAGCAGCUGCUGGUUACACGAAUCUGUCCCAAUAAUGCUGCUGUUUCAAUUAUGGGAAUUGAGAAUGUUGUUGCUAUAUGGUAUUGAGUAUUUCUGGUCGACAUUGAUCACACAUACCUAACGUCUAGAAAUACAUUAAAGAUUCUAUUUGUCUAAUUGUAUUGUUUAGUA